GGGUCCGUCAAUUAAACAAAAGAAAGCACAAAGUACGAACAACAACCAUGAAAAACCAAUUUCUAAACCCUUUCCUUCUCCUUUCCUUUCCCUUUCCCUUGUUUUCCUCCGCCACCCUCCGCCUCCCCCUUCCCCUCCCCUUACUCUCCGGCGCUGCCGUUCCCUCCUCCUUCUCCACCACCUCCUCCACCUCCACCCUUGUAUUUGUAUUCUCCAUUAUUAUGAUCAUAAUUAUAAUACUCCUUCCAUAUUCCCUUCUUUCUCUCUUCUCACUUUUUCCCCGUACAAUUCCACCUUCUUCCUACGGUCCCUAGAUCUCUCUCUCUCUCUCUGCCCUCAUCACCCCCCUCCUCUUCCCCUCUCCCCUGUUCCUCUUUGGCCCAUCUCCAUCCCUCCCUUUCUUUCUUUCUCACUCAUUUCUAGGGUUUCCCCCUUUCUAAUUAUGAUCACUCUUAUUGGGUUUGAUCCUUCCUCUUCUGCCUUCCUUUCCCCUUUUCCUCUUUCUCUUCAUCAUUCCUCUCCUACCCUUUUCCUCCCCUUUCAAUUCUUUUCAAUUUCCUCCUGAUUCUCUCUCUCUCUCUGUACAUCCCCCUCAAUUUCUAAAGGGUUUUCCUAGGGGUUUGCUUUUGCUAUGUGGGUUUCUCUCUAAUUCUCUUUUUCUCCUCCACUUGAUCCAAUCUUACUUACCCUCUGUCUCUUUGUUUAUAUUGUAUCUUGGGGGUUCAAUUCUUUUUUCUCUUGUUUGUUUUCUUCUUAAGUUUCUCCAUUAAUAAUGGCUUAUCAGCAUGGUCCGGGUCCUAGUUCCAUAUCUGGAUCAAGUUCGAGUUCUGGGUUCCUGAACUCUCCUUUUGGUGAUACCACUUACACCAAGGUCUUUGUUGGUGGGUUGGCCUGGGAGACUCAGAGCGAGACUAUGAGGCGCUACUUUGAGCAGUUUGGGGAGAUUCUUGAGGCUGUUGUUAUAACGGAUAAGAAUACAGGGAGAUCCAAAGGAUAUGGUUUUGUGACUUUCCGGGAUCCAGAGUCUGCUAGAAGAGCUUGUGCAGACCCUACCCCAAUUAUUGAUGGCAGGCGAGCAAAUUGUAAUCUAGCUUCACUUGGUCGGCCUCGUCCACCUAUAUCUUUUGGAACAGGACGUUUAAGACAGCCUGCAGUUUAUGUUGGAGGCAUGCAACCUAACAGGGGAACUUAUAUUGGAAAUUUUGGCUAUCAACAACCGGUUUCCUAUGCUUAUCAGCAGGGACUUGCAUAUCCUCCUUAUGGUUAUGCUACUUAUGGACCUGAGUAUGUCUACCCGCAGGGUGGAUACAACCCUUUCGUGGGUCAGCAAUACCUGCAGAUUUAUGGAGUGCCUGGGUCAGCAAGCCCUACAAUUUAUCAUUAUGGACAAUUAGGUCAAACAGUCCCCGGUGGUCAUGGUUAUGGAGCAGUACAUGGAUACGCGAUGCCAAGUCCUCAGAUUUUGCAGUUUAGUGGUCCUAAUGUUAAUGCUUUAACAUCUUCUCCAAUGCCUACUAUUCAGGCACCAUAUCCUUCAGGGAUUCCAGCACCUGUUGCAGCACAGCCACAGUUCGUUGUUCAUUCUCCUUCUCAGUUCGUACAAGGUAGCGGUUCUGACCAAACAUCUGGGUGAGGAGUUGAUCAGGUAUCAAUAGAUUGCAGCAGGACUUAGAGCAGCGGAACUGCUACUUGAGUGGCGGGCUUCGGAUCUAGCCUUGCAAAUAAUUUAUCAUGCAUUCUAGAGGUCAUAGUCAUGCUCACCAGAGACAUCAGGCGGUCUUGAGUCGCUCCAGAUGGUGGAGAAGGAAUAUGGAAGAUGCAGGCUGCUCUCUCUAAAUACUUUUCUUCUCCAGUGUUUAUAAACUUUUUUACACUACCAACCCUCUCACGGAAGGGUAGUCAUGGAUUGAUUGAUGGGUGCUUAAAUCGGUUUUAAGCAUCUAUUUAGGAAUAAAAAAACGUGUAAAAAGAAGUCAAAUAUAGAAUCAACAUAUGAUUCUUUUAAUAGUCAACUCCCGGCAUUUUGGGUGUAUAGGAAAGUCUCUGGUGCUUUGUGUGGUCAUGGGUCUAUCAUCAUCUGGUACUAAUAUAUGAUUUCAUAAGUUCAUGUGCAUAUUAGUUCUUAGGAUUUAUUGUAAUUUGGAACUUCCAUAAUUUGGAUUUCUUUUGAGGCCUGACUGACUUCAUAACAACGAAGCAGCUUCGGGUUCAAUCAGGAAGAUCAAAUUGCUGAUUUUUCAUUUUAAUACCCCUCGCUGGCAUGGCAGUUUGGGAUUGGCUGCACCAGAGGAUGUAAAGUUUUUGGUUCUUCCUUCACAGUGUUUGGACUAUGGUUAGGUUUUGCGAACAUUCUGUUUAUUCAUUGUGUUUGUUGUGGUAAGGCAACAUUAUUUUCAUUUCCCUUCA